AUGAGAUUCAAUGUCCUAGCCUUCGGAGUUGCCGUGAUCUAUCUCGGCAACAUUGUCUCGGCCUUAGCAGGUGCUAAAGCACCACAGCCGCCGUUCAAGAGACGACCACGCGGAUGCGAUUGCUAUACAGUCUCCGGACCUAACCCGGGAUACUUCCAGCACUACAAGCUCUGGGACUUUCGGGCAGUGGAUCUGAGAAAACAUGCCCAUCUUAACAUGUCAGAGCCCAUCCAGGAUAGCGAUGAGGAAUGGAGUGACGACGAUGAAGGCGACGAAAACGAACCAAAUAGCGAUCUGCUGUCCGGAGUCCAUAAUGGACAGGAGCCCGACCCCAGCUCGUUGGUAUUCUACAAAACUGCCUUCGAAAGAGAUUGGAGCAGCCAAAACUGGAAACGCCCCGGAAGCGAAAUAGCCCCAAUCCUGAUGGUUAACUCGAAGCAUAAUGUGUUCCUCACCCGGGACCAGGAGCAAAAUGAUACUCGUACAACGUAUCUUGUUCUUCGCACCACCCGCUUUUCAAACUACACUUCCACAGCGGAGAUCGAGACUCGCCUACACAACAUCUACCGGUGUUCAUUGCGUGUUCGGCUGCGCUUUUUGCCAGCCGGCUUCCUCAUCUCGCAACCUCCUCACCCUGAACACUGGCCAUCGCGGGACCCCGAACGACAUUCUCCGGCGCCUUCGAACAACCAUACUGUUUCACACCACGACGGGCGACCAUCUCCCGGUGCCUGUGCUGGUAUCUUCACUUACCAUGACCAAACCUGUGAAUCGGAUAUCGAGAUUCUGACCCGGGACCCGCCCCAUCUCGUCCAUUAUGCGAAUCAGCCAGACUACGAUUUCGCCACUGACGAAGAGAUUCCCGGUGCGAGCACUACAGCCGACUUGCCUGUUCCGUGGACAACAUGGUCCACUCAUCGCCUAGACUGGCAUUCAAACAUGUCACGAUGGUUCGUCAACAACCGCAUACAGGACGCCAAGUCAUAUCGUGUCCCCAACCUGGGGAGCAUGAUUGUGCUCAAUCUUUGGAGCGAUGGCGGAGUCUGGACAGGCGAGAUGAAAAUCGGCGAUAGUAUAUACCUGGGUAUCGAAUACAUCGAAAUGGCCUACAACCGUUCUUCUGAUGUUCCCAGAGGCCAUUUCGGGCCGUCUUCGCUGAACCAUGGCGGGCAUCAAAACGUCCCUUCUACAAAUAGUUCCACUGGGAAUGAUACUCUCCUAGACCCAGACAAAAAGGUGGAGAAAUGCAAGCCGGGCAGACUGGGCCGCGAGUGUAGAAGAAAGAAGUGGAGGAAUAGGCCUCUGAACGAAUUCUGUCAGAGACCUUGCAACAUUGAUGAGGAUUGA